AUGGCCACAUAUUUUUUUUGCGCCAAGGCACUGAAGAUGAAGAUGAAGCAGUUGCCCAGCUUUGAAAUGGAAAGAAAUCGGUGUGGAAAGCUCAUUGACAUCAAACUGAAGAGCGCUUCCGGCUUCAUGUUCACAGAGCUCAAAGAGUUGACGCUGCGGCUUUCGAAGGCGAAGGCAACCGGAGGUGUUACGGCCCCACCGGGAAUUUCCAGCACGACGCCCAUCAAGGCCGGAGGAGUGGCUCCUGGUGAGAAAGCAGCACCCAAGGCGGCACGGCCGGGUGCUUCCUCUGAGAGGACGGCAUCCAAUGAGGCUGGUGCCAAAGCUGGCCAACUCCUCCUGAAUUUGCUGAACAACAAGGAGGAGAAGCCAAUCCAGAAUGCCGGCGCGGCAUUGCUGCAGCAGCUGAAGGGCGGAGGAAAGAAGCCUGAAGGCAGCUGCCUCGACAAGAACUGGAGCCGGCUGGUCAUGGUGGAACGCAGUCAGGGCCCCCAGCAUUUUCAGCCAACUGCAUGGCUGCCACGCGUCGCGUUUUGA